CCAUCGUACGGUCUAUGUGGCUCCGCCACUGUUGUUAUCUCAGGCCAACACAAGUAUUGAGUAGUUUUGUCCACCAUAACUUAGGGAGAUGGGAAAAAAAUCUCCUAACUUUCUUUUGUUUUUACUGAAAUUUGAACUCCGACAUAAAUUAAUUAAUGGACUGAAAGAAAAGGAAAAAACAAAGAAUAGAAAAGAGAAGUUGAACAUGCACUGCACUUUGAAUUUUGACAAUUUUCAAAUUUCAAUCAACAUAAAGAUCAUGGAAGAUAUUGAAACUUUUGAAAUCUCAAUCGACACUCCCAUCUUCCUGACAACCUUUUCUUCUUGGUAAAAAAUAAAAUUCUAAAUAAAAAGCACAGCAUCUUCUUUUUUACUUUUUUCUGAUGACCCAAAGCUGACUCAUGCAACAGUUGGUAGUUAAAAGAUUCAUCAACUUCUCCCAAACUCCUAUAAGAGCACUACAAGGAAUGUUCUUAAACCAUCAACCAAAACUUAUUUUUUUCUCAGUUGCCUUCACAAUAUAGCAAAAUCCUCUUCAAAAUCAGUAGUCACAAUGAAGAACUUACUCACAGGUGUUCCCAUGAGUGCAGCAGUGUGCUCAAUUGAAAGGCAGCCAAAAAGACUACUGGCCUUAUCUUCUUGUGAAGACCAUAUUCCAUCUGCAACAUCAAAGAUCUUGUCUAAAUUAAAACAAAGAAAAUCUGUGAUUAGUAAGAUGAGCAAACUUGGAGAAAGGAUGGAUUGUCUUGCGCAAGGCAUCCGCGAGCAUGUGAACCUGAGCCCGAAGCUAACAGAAACCGUAAAGGGAAAAUUGAGCCUUGGAGCAAAAAUUCUUCAAGUAGGAGGGUUGGAAAGAAUAUUCAAACAGAAGUUUAGAGUCAGAGAUGAUGAAAAGCUAUUAAAGGUUUCUCAAUGCUAUUUAUCAACUACAGCUGGUCCAAUGGCAGGCCUUCUCUUCAUCUCUACUGAUAAGAUUGCUUUCUGCAGUGAGAGAUUAAUAAAGCUCAUAUCUCCAACCGGAAAGUUACUUAGAAUUCGUUAUAAGGUAUCGAUCCCAAUAAGUAAGAUAAACAAAGCAAAAGAGAGUGAAAAUAGGGAAAAGCCGUCACAGAAGUAUAUACAAGUACUUACAGAGGAUGAUUUUGAGUUCUGGUUUAUGGGGUUCCUUAAUCAUCAAAAGACACUGGGAUAUCUGCAGCAGGCAAUUUCAAGUACUUCAAGCAAGUUACGAAGAUAACCUUUUUUACCUUCUUUUUUCUUUCAUUUUCUUUCCUGCUAUGCUCAUUCAUCAAUGUCAAAUGUUGAUGCAAAAACGAACUUAGGGAUCUGUUCAAACUUGUACCUCCAUUGCUCAAAGGAGGUUUUAGGAAAUAUAGGCUUUGAGCCUUAGUUGUUAAUACUAAUGUAUAGACUUAUUGUAAAACUAUAAUGAAAACAGAAGGCUAUUUCA